UUUAGGGUUAACGGCUAAACGUGAUUUUUUUUAUCUCUUUAAGUCGAUGAACAGUGCAGUACUCAAAAGUUUUCAAUUUUUUUCUACGGGGCAGACAUGUAUUUUAAAAGCACCUGAGCAAGCAACAAAACUAAGUCCGUUUGUCCAUCAAUACCAAUUCACUCCUUUAUUCAAGCUUCAAAAUUCAGUGUUUUCAAGUGUUUUUAUUUCUUGUUUAAAUACAAAUAGUGUCAUCUACAUGGUUAAAAAUGUGAAUAAAUGUUCAAGUGCAGCUCAUCUUGUUCGUGAUUUUUUUCUCAGUUUGGAAUAAAUCGAAAUGACGUCAAGGUGAGAUGAAAAACAACUUACCUCUACCUGUAUUCCACAUGGAUUUAUUUAAUAUCACACAUGUUACUCUCAACACCACAUAUUCAAUCAAACCAAGUAAACAAAUCAAGAUUUUUCACUUCCCAUUUAUAACACGGCUAGCACCGUACCACUGUUAUACAUGAGUUAAUGAAAUGAAUCUGGCUGAGUCGAUAAAUGGGGAACGCAAAUAAAAACCUUUCAAAACGAACAAUAUCCAAGGACUCGUUUGCAGACAUCAGCGGACGAACAUUCCCCGGCGGGAUGGGCGAACACAAAAGAGGUGCGGUCGACAGCAGGAACAGCUUCGCAGAUGACGAGAACGGCUCGUCCGAGUGUCGCUUCAGCGAAGACCAGAACAAGUGCCUGCGCUGCAGUGCGCCACUCGCCACAAAGGCCAGAUACUGCAGGAACUGCUACAAUGCCAGAAGGACUUGGAUGCCACGCAGGCCGAACAGAAGGCGACCUGCUCUGCGGAGGCCCCCGUCCGCCUCGCAUACCGCGAGCACAGACAACGACGUACUUUUUGUCCCUGAGAGAAACUAUCACAACAUGAAAGGAGAUGUGAGAGUCCCUAACCCGAUGUACUCUAACUUGCCGAACCGACUGGGCAGCAGCAGCAUGGACAGCACUUCCGAUUCAGAUUACGAUCAUGAAGAAGGUGUUAUCCUACAGAUGCAGAAAAUUAGUCAAAACUGCAGAUCUAUAUGCCCAAUGAACAUCAAACGAUAUGUAGCACUUUCUGGAUCAAAGUUCUGUCUGAAAGAAGGCUUGCGAGGCUUGAAAGAAGGGAGUACCUUCGGGCGUACAUGGAAUCGGCGAGGACGGACUCGAGCGAUGAAUCGACGGACACGUCCGACGAGGAAGACCGUGUGUGCGGUGAGUGCGGCGAAGGGCGGCCAAACGCGUUCUUGGUGCACGACAGGACCGCCCAUUGCUCCCUCUGCUACAAGUGCGCCCGAGAUCUGUUCCGGAAGAAUGGCCCUUGCCCAGAAUGCGGCAAAACUAUAGAUCACAUUAUUAGGAGGAAUUUGUGCUAAUAAACCUUCCCGUUCUUGCCUGUAAAUUGAUUAUUUUGACAAAAUACGAUAAAAAGCUGUCAUGUGAUGCAUUUUAUUAAAAAACAACUCGACAAAUAAACGCAACAUUUUUUCGA